CACCGUUUUUCUGAACUGUCGCUCCGUGUUCAACUCCUUGGCAGACAUACCAUAAUGGAGAGAGAAACUUAAUUUCAAAGUAGCAUUACCAAUUGACACACAAAAGGAAAAUCAAUCUGCAGGAAAUUUUUUACAGAAAAAAAAAAUCUUCCUGCUAGACUGAUUUUCCUUCAACUUCAUUGCCUGUUGAAAAUUUGUUUUUUUUUUCCUCUCCAAACUCAAUUUGGGGAAUUGGGUUGUUUUCAAAAUCGGGAAUUUUGGGAUUUUAGGAUGAAGGAUGUUGAUAUUUAAAGUUGGUUUAUUAUAAUGUAAAUACGAAAAAGAAAGAAAAAAAGAUGUCGUUUUAUAUUGGUCAUGAGGCUCCAAAGCUGUGGAGGAGAAUUUGUGCAGAGACAACAACAGAGAUUAAUCUUCUUGCCGAAAAUUGGAAAUAUAUUCUUGGUGGAUUAAUAUUUCAGUACAUCCAUGGACUUGGUGCUCGUGGGGUUCAUUACUUACAUCGACCUGGACCAACUCUUCAGGACGCUGGCUACUUUCUUCUUCCGGAGCUUGGGUCAGACAAUGCUUAUAUAAGCGAAACUGUAUUCACUACCAUUUUUCUAUCUUUCGUCUUGUGGACAUUCCAUCCUUUCAUUUUCAAGACCAAAAAGAUCUAUACAGUUCUGAUAUGGUGCAGGGUCCUGGCAUUCUUAGUUGCUUGUCAAUUUCUUCGGAUGAUGACAUUCUAUUCUACACAGCUUCCUGGUCCAAAUUAUCACUGUCGUGAGGGUUCAAAGCUUGCCACACUUCCUCGGCCUGAUAGUGUUUUAGAAGUUCUACUACUUAAUUUUCCUCGGGGCUUACUUUAUGGUUGUGGUGAUUUGAUAUUUUCAUCGCAUAUGAUAUUCUCCCUAGUCUUUGUGCGGACGUAUCAGAAAUAUGGCACACGAAGGUUUAUAAAGCAAUGUGCUUGGCUAGCUGUUAUUGCUCAGAGCUUUUUAAUUGUUGCAUCGCGUAAACAUUACACUGUAGACGUUGUUGUGGCAUGGUACACUGUUAAUCUAGUAGUGUUCUUCGUUGACAAAAAAUUACCAGAACUGCCUGACCGCACCAGUGCAGCCUCAUUGCUACCGGUAAGCAAGGAUAGCAAGACUAAAGAAGAGAAUCACAAACUUCUGAAUGGAAACGCAGAUCCUGAAGAUUGGAGGCCUAGAACCCAAAUCAACGGGAUGAUCAUGGAAGAUGGUAACGCAGUCCAUGUUGAAGCAGCGAUGAAUGGUGUAUAGACAGUAAAAUGCAUAGAACGCAACUAACUGAACCUGGUUGACGCACUGCUGUUCAAUGUCACUAAAGUUGGUGCAUGUUCCACAACUCAUUCGAGGUGAUCUUCCAAGUUCAAUAGUUUUGGUCUGUAGUGUAGGAUACGAAAUCUAGAUGAUAUGCUUUGAAUGCCUCUAUGGUCCGUCCCUAAGCUUAACUUUCGUGGCUUCAAUGUAUCAUGGAAUUCGAUUUUUCUUCCGAUAAUGCAAUUAUUUUCUAGUUGUGCUCACCAAAUUUUUAGUACACGUGUUCAUUUCUUAAAAGGGUCGAAGAGAAAUGUGAAAUAUGUAAAGAUGUCCGUUGUUAUAAGCAUUCAUGAUGAAUUUACAAGUUUUGCGAUGGUCCUUUGGGACUGAGGCGUAGU